AUGCACCUGGAUGAGCGCCGGCUUCCUUCAGAGUACCUCGUAAACAUCACAGCUGAAACUGGACAGAAUGUCACUUUGUCAUGCAGAGCCAACAACAACAACCUCCUUACAUUUCUGGAGUGGAGCAAACAUGGUCUUAGGAAAGGAUAUUUACUUUUGUACCGGGAUGAGCGGUUUGAUCUAGAGAACCAGCAUCCAUCGUUUAAGAACCGAGUGGAGCUACGGGACAGACAGAUGAAGGAUGGAGACGUGUCGUUGAUACUGAAGGAUGUGACGCUUGAUGACCGCGGAAGUUACGAGUGUCGUGUUGAGACAAAAAUGAACCGCAAAAAGAGAACGAAUCAGGAUGACGACCCCGUCAUCAUCAUCAGCCUGAAUGUUGUUCCUCCAGGGCAGCCGGGAGGUGACGAGGAGGAUGGAGAGAAGACGGGACAAAGAAGUCGUAACAGUAUUCUCAUUGUGGCAGUUCCCACUGUUCUUGUCUUUGGUGUUCUUGCUGUACUGAUCUACAGAAAACACAAAAGACAGAUUCAGGGUCCAGAUGACUACCAGCCUCCUGCUGAAGUGAUGACUAUUUUAAAUGUCUCAGAUUCUACAGCGUCUACAGUGUCCUGAUGAUGCUUCAAAUCCUCUCAUCAACUGUGUGUAGAAAAGCAGCCCGACUCAGUAAAAAUGUUCAAUGAACUGUACAGUCCACUGCAGGGCCCAUAUAUGUCCCAUAGUACAUUACUGCAACUCCCUUAUUCACCAAGGGUCGCUAAAAAUGUCAUUUCUACACCAGCUUCUCUUCCUGACGCCACCCAUCAGGGACCUUUGUUUGGGCUCGCCCUUUUGGGCCAUGGAGACCCUGAAGGGGAAUUCUGCGGACACAUGUGAGCACAUAUGUUUGCUUUGAAAUGAGAUGCAUCUGAUACAGGGAUAGUGGGAGGUCUUUGUGCUCACAGUGGGAUAAAUGGUUUGAAGAGAGGUGUAAGUAAUGGAAACAGCUGCUGUGCAGACACCGUCACAAAGUGCUAACUGACACGUUUAUCUCUUACUGACUGACAUGAAAGUCCAGAGCGAACCCUAGUGUGGGAGUCAAAUGUCCACCUGAAAUUAUUUUUUUUA